AUGUCGUCUGCGGCAUACGCCAACAUCAAGCUCUUUGCGGGGAGCUCGCACCCCGAGCUAUGUGCCAUGAUCGCUAAGCGCCUCCGAAUCCCCCUCGCCAAGCGCAAUAUCCACCAGCCCCCGUCAGGCGAGACGAAGGUGACUAUUGUUGAGAGUGUGCGGGAUUGCGAUGUGUACAUCCUCAAUACCUGUGCCGGAGCUGUCAACACCCAUCUGAUGGAGCUUUGCAUUAUGAUUCAUGCCUGCAGAAUUGCCUCAGCCCGCCGUAUCACCGCCAUCAUCCCCCACUUCUUUUACGCCCGACAAGACAAGAAAGACAAGUCCCGGGCGCCCAUCACCGCCAAGCUCGUCGCCAACAUGUUGCGCGAAGCGGGCUGCGACCACGUCAUUACGAUGGACCUGCACGCAUCGCAAAUACAAGGCUUCUUUGACGUCCCCGUCGACAAUCUCUACGCCGAACCCGCUACCGUCCAAUAUAUCCGGCAACACCUUGACGUCCGGAACUGCGUGAUUGUCUCGCCCGAUGCCGGAGGCGCCAAGCGUGCGACGUCCAUCGCCGACCGGCUCAACACGGAUUUCGCGCUCUUCCAUAAAGAACGCAAGAAGGCGAACGAGGUCAGCCGGAUGGUACUCGUCGGGAGCGUUCAGGGCAAGGUGGCCAUCCUGGUGGAUGAUAUGGCGGAUACGUGCGGGACGCUGGGACUGGCGGCCCGGAGUCUGCUGGAGCAGGGCGCGACGGCGGUGUAUGCGAUAGUGACGCAUGGGAUUCUCAGCGGGCCGGCAAUAAAGGUCAUCAAUGAGAGCGGGUUGGAGAAGCUCGUGGUGACAAAUACGAUCCCGAUGGCGGAGAAGGUGGAGCAGUGUGACAAGCUCGAGGUGAUUGACGUGAGCCAUGUGUUGGCAGAAACAAUAAGGAGGAGUCAUUUCGGAGAGAGUGUGUCUUAUCUGUUCCAUGAGGUCCCGUUCAGUAUCAGCGGAGAAUAG